CCAUCCAGUUUUCACGCGAAAUCCAUGUCUGUCCCUUCCGUCGGUGACGCAUCGCUCGAUCAACUCGUGCAGCAGUGGCUGUCGCUUGACCAGAACCCCAAGACGCGCAAGGAAAUCACCGAUCUCGUCGAGGCCGGCAACAAGGCCGAGCUGCACACCCGCCUCGACGCCCGGAUGGAGUUUGGCACUGCUGGUCUGCGCGCUGCGAUGGCCGCUGGAUACUCGCGCAUGAACGAUGUCACCAUCAUCCAAACUGCUCAGGGUUUUGCUCGAUAUGUCGAGGACGUCCAGCCCGAUGCCAAGUCCAUGGGUGUGGCCAUCGGCUAUGACGCUCGCCACAACUCGCAGCGAUGGGCUCAGUUGUCUGCUCUCGCGCUCGUGGCUCGUGGAAUCAAAGUCUACCUGUUCAGCGCCAUCUGCCCGACCCCGUUUGUUCCGUUUGCCGUGUGCAAGUACAAGACAGCGGCUGGUGUGAUGGUCACGGCCUCGCACAACCCGAAGAACGACAAUGGGUACAAGGUGUACUGGGGCAACGGUGCUCAGAUCAUCUCCCCGCACGACAAGGGCAUUGCCUCGCACAUCGAGGAGAACCUGCAGCCCUGGCCGACGGCAUGGGAUGUGAGCGCGCUCGAGUCGAACGAUGCUUUCCGAGCUCUCGUGGUCGAUCCUCUCGCCGAAGUGACAGCGUCGUACAUGGACGCCAUCCGCGAGCACUCCAUUGAAGGCUCGCCUCGCGAUGCGAUCAAGAUCACGUACACUGCCAUGCACGGAGUCGGUCUUGAGUUUGCCAUGAAGGCCUAUGAAACCUUUGGACUGCCUCCUUUCGUUCAGGUGGCGGAGCAGGUUCAUCCUGAUCCUGAAUUCCCGACUGUCAAGUUCCCCAACCCCGAAGAGGGCAAGAGCGCGUUGGACCUGUCGAUUCGCACCGCCAAUGCAAACGACAGCCCCGUGAUUGUUGCCAACGAUCCCGACGCCGACCGUCUGGCAGUGGCGGAGCGUCGUCCCGACGGAUCGUGGAAGAUUUUCACCGGAAACGAGAUUGCAACGAUCUUUGCUGGCUGGUUGCUCCAGCAGUAUCUCAAGACGCAUGCCGACGCUAAGAACGCGGCUUGUGUGGCCAGUACCGUCUCAUCCAAGUUCCUCAAACGGAUGGCGGAAGUCGAGGGCUGUUAUUUCGAAGAAACUCUGACGGGCUUCAAGUGGAUUGGCAACAAAGUGAUUGAACUGCACGCCGCUGGCCGUGAUAUCAUCAUGUCCUUUGAGGAGGCCAUUGGCUUCUCCGUGGGCACUGUCGUGUUUGACAAAGACGGCGUGUGCGCAUCUGCAGUCAUGGGCCUUAUCGCCAACGACCUCUACAGCCGCGGCAGCACCCUGAUGCAGCAGCUCGAGGCCUUGUACCUGAAGUACGGCUACUUUGCGAGCUUGAACUCGUACUAUCUGUGCUACUCGCAGCCCACCAUCCAGAAAAUCUUCCAACGCAUUCGCAAAGACGAGCAGUACCCAACCUCCUGCGGUGGCGUGGCCAUUCGCCACGUGCGUGACCUUACCACUGGAUAUGACAACUCCAAGCCCGGAAACAAGGCUACGCUUCCCACCUCGUCCUCGAGCCAAAUGGUUACGUUUACGUUUGAAAACGGCGCUGUCAUUACCAUCCGUACCAGCGGUACCGAGCCCAAGAUCAAGUACUACACUGAGCUCCGUGGCGACGCAAGCAGCGUGGAGGACUUUGCCAAGGUUGAACAGGACCUCAAAGCGCUUGUCGAGGCCGUUGUCAAGGACAUGCUGCAGCCCGAGGAGAACGGGCUGAUUCCCAAGAGCGACUAACAAACUGCUUGAUCUGAACAUGGUUCUCAAAGCGACAACGUGCUCGUCGGCAAAUAUUGUAGUUUGAUUUGGAAUAUCGGUUGUCAUUUGUUUCAGGCAUCUUAAAAAAGCACGAGCAUUUUUU